AUUUGUACGAUUGCUCAUGUAACUGCCAGAAAAAUGCCAGCCAUUCACCGACACGAAGAGGAGAAAUACUUCAUAAAUGUUGAAGGCAGGAAAGAAUCUGUACCAAGUAUACAUGACCCCCCUACAAGGGAACUCUCUGUUGUUGUGCCUUCAUACAAUGAGGAAGACCGGUUACCUCUUAUGAUGGAUGAAGCUUUGGAUUAUCUAGAAAAAAGACAGAAACGAGAUCCUUCAUUCACGUAUGAAGUAAUAGUGGUUGAUGAUGGUAGUAAAGAUCACACUACACAGGUUGCAAUGAAGUACUGCAAGAAAUACGGAAUCGACAAAGUGCGAGUGCUUUCUUUGAAAAAAAAUCGAGGGAAAGGAGGAGCAGUCAGGAUGGGUGUCUUUAGUUCUCGGGGGAAAAAAAUUCUUAUGGCUGAUGCAGAUGGAGCUACAAAAUUUGCAGAUAUUGAAAAAGUAGAAGAAGGUCUAAAAACUCUUCAGCCAUGGCCUAACCAGAUGGCUAUUUCUUGUGGUUCUAGGGCUCAUCUGGAGAAGGACUCAAUAGCAAAGCGCUCUUACUUUCGAACUCUUCUCAUGUAUGGGUUCCACUUCCUUGUGUGGUUUCUCUGUGUCAAAGAGAUCAGGGACACGCAGUGCGGAUUUAAACUUUUAACCAGAGAAGCUGCCGCGCGGACUUUCUCAACUCUUCAUAUAGAACGCUGGUAA